UUCUCUUUCACGUCGGAAACGCGUAUCAGCCGCGCAUGCGCAGUUGGAGCUUGCGUCGGUGAAAUGGCGGCCAGUGAUGGAGGAGGCUUCGGCACCGCGGGGGAAAGGGACGGCGCCGCGAAUCCGUUGCAUCUGUCGUCAUCCCAAGAUCUCGCCAACAUGCAGAUUGAUGAUUAUGAGCAGCUGGAUAGUGUUCCAAAGCCAUCGUCGACCAAACUUAAAUUAACGGAAAAUAAAGUUGGGGCUGACUGGAGCAAUGGGGAUUCCACUACAAAUCACACGUUUGUAUCUGAAGAGAAGCAACGGCCACUGGUGGACUACGGUGUGGACAUGAUGGACGCAGCUUAUGAUGAACAAGGCUCAGAAUUUCUCGCACCCGUUCCAAAGGAGUUGGCAAAAGCAGCUGAAGACGGUGGGCACGUUUUGUGUCCUGUGGAAAUCAUUGCCAAGCCAACAAUUGCUUCUGCUGACAAUAAGCAAGGAUCUUCUUUACCUGUGCAAAAUGCUCCGGAAGGGAUGACAGAAAUUGCUGGUGAUAAAUGGGACUCUGUGGCCACACAGGACAAAGUGCCAGCAGAGACGUUGAGCACUGAAGUGAAUAACGUGAAUGCGGGUUCUGUCUUAGGACAGGAAGAGUGCAAGGUGCUCCCUCAAGUUGCUGAGACCCAGGGUGCAGCUGUAGUGAAUGCAGAGAGGAAUUCGACGGUGGGGGACUCGUCUUUUUACGACCCAGAGGAGGAGAUUCCACCUUUCCCACCAGAGUUUGACAAGUACUGGAAGGCCGUAGAGGAGAACCCACAGGACUUCACUGGGUGGACAUACCUGUUGCAGUACAUUGAGCAGGAGAACCAUGUGUGGGCUGCAAGAAAGGCAUUUGAUGAGUUUUUCAUGCGGUACCCGUACUGCUACGGCUACUGGAAGAAGUAUGCAGAUCUGGAAAAGCGCUUUGGCAACGUGAAGCAGGCAGAGGAGGUGUUUAGACGUGGUUUGCAGGCCAUACCCCUCAGCGUGGACCUCUGGAUACACUACAUUAACUUUGAGAUUGAGUUGCUCGACCCAGACUGCCCUGAAACCGUCUCGAAGAUUCGAAGCCUUUUCGAGUUGGCCGUCGCGGCAGCGGGAACAGACUUUCGCUCGGACAAACUUUGGGAAAUGUUCAUCUCGUGGGAGAGGGAGAAUAUCCGCCUGAGGGAGGUGACAGCCGUGUAUGACAUGGUGCUGAACAUCCCAACACAGCUCUAUAGCCACCACUUUGACAAGUUCAAGGAACACGUGAACAACCACCAGCCUAAAGACAUCUUGUCAACGGACGAGUUCCUUAAGCUGCGUGCACAGUUGGUGUCGAGCAGACUUGAGGCCGGGGAACAAGGAGUCGGGGGAGUUGAGGAAGACGACGAAGACGUGGGUGUCUCCAGUGGGGGGGAUGCGCCACCUGGCAUAGAGGGCCCCCCUGGAGAUGACCAGCCACCCGGGAUGGAGGUUGAAAAUGUGGAAGUCAAGGUGGAUGCAGAGACGGAAAAGCUACGAGAAAGAAUUAUUGGCACGCGGCAAGAUAUUUUCUUCCAGAAUGAACAGGAGGUUAGCAAGCGGUGGACCUUCGAGGAAGGGAUCAAGCGACCGUACUUCCACGUAAAGCCACUGGAGAGGGCACAGCUGAAGAACUGGAAGGAGUACCUCGACUUUGAGAUUGACAACGGCACCCACGAACGCGUGGUCGUCCUCUUCGAGCGCUGUGUCAUCGCGUGUGCCCUCUACGAGGAGUUCUGGAUCAAGUAUGCGAAGUACAUGGAAGAACACAGUUUGGAGGGCGUGCAGAACGUGUUCAGGCGCGCCUGCAUGAUUCACUUGCCAAAGAAGCACAACAUCCAUCUGCUGUGGGCAGCAUUCGAGGAGCAACAGGGUAACCUGGACGAGGCACGCCGAGUGCUGCGUUCACUGGAGGAGUCUCUACCUGGGCUUGCGAUGGUUCGCCUGCGGCGUGUGAGCCUUGAGCGCCGGCAGGGCAACUUCAGCGCUGCGGAGACUCUGCUACGGGAGGCCAUGGAAGGCGCCAAGACCCCAGAAAUGGCCUCUUUUUAUGCCAUCAAGCUGACGCGCAUGCUCGCCAAGGUGGAGAAAACCGUGGAGAAAGCACGCAAGGUUCUGCUGGAUGCCAUCGAAAAGGACUCGAUGAACACAAAGAUUUACCUAAAUCUUCUGGAGUUGGAGUUCAGUGGUGAUAUUGCAGUCAAUGAAGAGCACAUUAUGGCCUGCUUUGAGAAGGUGCAGAGCAGCGAUUUGUCCAUGGAAACAAAAAUCACCUUCUCCCAGCGCAAAGUGGAGUUCCUGGAAGACUUCAGCAUGGACGUCAAAAAGUUGCUAGCUGCCUACGAUGAACAUCAAGUACUUCUAAGACAACAUUCCACUGCAAAGAAGAGAGCCCCAACUGAGAAUGGUGCCGAGGAGCCGGAGGAGAAGAGGUUCCGGCUGGAAGAGCCGGUGGUCGCCCCGGUAAUUGCAGCGCAUUUGAACCCAGCGGCGGCGGCGGCGGCGGCGGCAGCAGCACCCGCGCCUCUCCCCAUGCAGCAUCCGGCUGACCCCAACGUCGCCCAGGCGGCCUACAACUACAGCAACUGGUACCAGCAUUACAACUACCAAAACUACCCAGGAAGCUACCAGAACUACCACAACCCAUGGAACUACGGGCAGUACUACCCACCCUCUUAAACGACUGGAAAGGGGCAAAGGCGUUGUUUGCAAAGUUCUUCUGCGUUAUAAGUCAUGUUUUUUUUUAUGACUUUCUACCACUCCAUAGGGGCAGUGACAGUAUGGGAAUGCACACGUUUGAGUAAUUGAACUUGCGUUAAGUGUUCAAUUGUAUUCCCAUGCGGGGUGUGUCCUUGUGUUUAUACGUUGUAAAAUGUUCAAGAAGAUAGAGCAGUCAAUACAAUCCGGUGAAUAAAAGUACAUUUUUU